AUGACGACACACCGCAACACCGCCGUGCGUAAAACCUACCCAAACCUACCCAAACCUACCCAAACCUACCCAAACCUACCCAAACCUACCCAAACCCACCCAAACCUACCCAAACCUACCCAAACCACCCAAACCUACCCAAACCUACCCAAACCUACCCAAACCCAAACCUACCCAAACCUACCCAAACCUACCCAAACCUACCCAAACCUACCCAAACCCCCACCCAAACCUACCCAAACCUACCCAAACCUACCCAAACUACCCAACCUACCCAAACCUACCCAAACUACCCAAACCCACCCAAACCUACCCAAACCUACCCAAACCUACCCAAACCUACCCAAACCUACCCAAACCUACCCAAACUACCCAAACCUACCCAAACCUACCCAAACCACCCAAACCUACCCAAACCUACCCAAACCACCCAAACCUACCCAAACCUACCCAAACCUACCCAAACCCCAAACCUACCCAAACCUACCCAAACCUACCCAAACCUACCCAAACCUACCCAAACCUACCCAAACCUACCCAAACCUACCCAAACCUACCCAAACCCCUACCCAAACCCCAAACCUACCCAAACCACCCAAACCUACCCAAACCUACCCAAACCCUACCCAAACCUACCCAAACCACCCAAACCUACCCAAACCUACCCAAACCUACCCAAACCUCCCCAAAACCUACCCAAACCUACCCAAACCUACCCAAACCUACCCAAAACCCAACCCAAAAAACCUACCCAAACCUACCCAAACCUACCCAAACCUACUUAGUCUGCCGCGUCCCCGACACUCUCCCCCGGUCUGCUGCUGA